AUUUUCACUUUACUCAUUCUCUCUACAACAAAAAGAAAAUAUAUAUAAAGCCAGCCAUAUAAGAUAUCUAGGAAGCGGAAAACAGAAAAGGGUAUCAGAGAAAAUUGAUUGAGAAGCUUGUCACGACCAACAAUGGCUAAAACACCGGUGAGAUUCAAGAGGGUGGCGGCGGCUUUUCACGAGGUGGCACCGGCUCGUCUAUGCGAGAGCAGCGGUAGCGAGCACUCGCCGGAGAGCUCGAUGGACCUUUUCAAUCUCGUUACCUCAUUUAUCGAAAGAGAUGAUCGAGAAGAUAGAGACAUCGAAGAGGUUAAUCAAGAGGAGGAAGAAAACGGAGAUGAAUCUCAAAGUUUCUGCUCUAAUUUGGAGACGGUGGAUAGGUUGGGGGGCUUGUUAGGCUGUGAAGAUGAUGAAAUGAAGCGAAACAUUCGUGCCCAAACGGAACAAGCGUGGCCCCACGUUAUCGGAGAAAGUUCGACAUCGCCGGGUUUCAAGCGCCGGUUGAUGACCCGAUUACGCGAGAGGGGCUUUGAUGCUGGUCUGUGCAAAUCAAAGUGGGGGAAAAUUGGACGGUAUCCAUCAGGGCAAUAUGAGUACAUUGAUGUUAAAGUAGGAGAAACAAGUCGGUACAUAAUUGAGGUAUCUCUAGCUGGUGAAUUUGAAAUAGCUCGACCAACGGAUCGUUACACCUCUCUACUCAACGCAUUUCCUCAAGUUUUUGUGGGUGAAGUAGAAGAGCUGAAGCAGGUUGUGAAAACAAUGUGCAAAGCAAUCAAAAAGUCGAUGAAGGGGAUGGACUUGCAAAUACCACCAUGGAGGAGAUAUGGGUACAUGCAGGCCAAGUGGUUUGGUUAUUACAAGAGAACAAUCAAUGAAGCACCAGCCAAAAAGGUUUCUGAGAAUGACUUGGCCAGCAAGAGAUUGGUCGGGUUUUCGCCGUUGCCGGUGAUUUCUUACUAUUGCAGGGAAGAUUUUGCUCGUAAGAAUGGUUCCAAAGUAGGGCUCUUGGCUGCGGCUUUCAGUGACACUAGCAUGCUCUCUUAGUCAACCUUCACAAAUAUUCUUUGUAAAUACGUAUCAAAUUGCUGCUUUGGAUUAUUGAUUAUUUGUUAAGUUUUGUUUUUUGUUUUUGUUUUGUUUUUUGGAAAGUUGAAUAUUUAAGUUUGAAGCUCAAAUGGUGAUGGAUUCGUCUAGCUGUUUCAAUGUCCAUAGCUAAUUUGCUUCAUUUAUGAAAAUCAUAUCCUUCUGCA